AUGUCCAAAAGCUUGAAAAAGAAAAGCCACUGGACUAGCAAAGUCCAUGAGAGUGUCAUUGGCAGGAACCCGGAGGGCCAGCUGGGCUUUGAACUGAAGGGGGGCGCCGAGAAUGGACAGUUCCCCUACCUGGGGGAGGUGAAGCCCGGCAAGGUGGUCUAUGAGAGCGGCAGCAAGUUGGUGUCGGAGGAGCUGCUGCUGGAGGUGAACGAGACCCCCGUGGCGGGGCUCACCAUCAGGGACGUGCUGGCCGUGAUCAAACACUGCAAGGACCCCCUCCGGCUCAAGUGUGUCAAGCAAGGAGGAAUUGUUGAUAAGGACCUUCGUCACUACCUCAACUUACGAUUUCAGAAGGGUUCUGUCGACCACGAACUUCAGCAAAUCAUUCGUGACAACCUCUACCUCCGCACGGUGCCAUGCACCACAAGGCCACAUAAGGAGGGUGAGGUCCCUGGAGUGGACUAUAUUUUCAUCACUGUUGAAGAUUUUAUGGAAUUGGAGAAAAGUGGUGCUCUCCUAGAAAGUGGGACUUAUGAAGACAAUUACUACGGUACCCCAAAGCCUCCAGCAGAACCAGCACCAUUAUUAUUAAAUGUAACAGACCAGAUACUUCCGGGAGCCACUCCAAGUGCUGAAGGAAAACGGAAGAGGAAUAAAUCAGUGAGCAACAUGGAGAAAGCAAGUAUAGAGCCUCCUGAGGAGGAAGAGGAAGAGAGGCCUGUGGUCAAUGGAAAUGGAGUAGUAGUAACGCCAGAAUCCAGUGAACAUGAAGAUAAGAGUGCAGGUGCCUCAGGGGAGACACCCUCCCAGCCUUAUCCUGCACCAGUGUACAUUCAGCCCGAGGAGUUGAAGGAGCAGAUGGAUGACACAAAGCCAACUAAACCUGAAGACAGUGAGGAAUCAGACCCACUGCCUGAUAACUGGGAAAUGGCCUAUACAGAGAAGGGUGAAGUCUACUUCAUUGACCAUAACACAAAGACAACAUCAUGGCUGGAUCCACGACUUGCGAAAAAGGCUAAACCUCCAGAAGAGUGCAAAGAAAAUGAGCUUCCAUAUGGCUGGGAAAAAAUCGAUGAUCCCAUUUAUGGCACUUAUUAUGUUGACCACAUAAAUAGAAGAACACAGUUUGAAAACCCUGUCCUGGAAGCAAAAAGGAAGCUACAGCAGCAUAACAUGCCCCACACAGAACUUGGAACAAAGCCCCUGCAGGCCCCAGGUUUCCGAGAAAAACCGCUCUUCACCCGGGAUGCGUCCCAGUUGAAGGGAACAUUCCUCAGCACCACCCUAAAAAAGAGCAACAUGGGUUUUGGAUUUACCAUCAUUGGUGGAGAUGAGCCUGACGAGUUUCUGCAGGUGAAAAGUGUGAUUCCAGAUGGGCCUGCAGCACAGGAUGGAAAAAUGGAAACAGGUGAUGUCAUUGUCUAUAUUAAUGAAGUUUGUGUCCUUGGGCACACUCAUGCAGAUGUUGUCAAACUUUUCCAGUCUGUUCCUAUUGGUCAGAGUGUCAACCUGGUGUUGUGUCGUGGCUACCCUUUGCCCUUUGAUCCUGAAGAUCCUGCUAACAGCGUGGUGCCACCCCUUGCAAUAAUGGAGAGGCCACCCCCAGUGAUGGUCAAUGGAAGACAUAAUUAUGAAACAUAUUUGGAAUACAUUUCUCGGACCUCACAGUCGGUUCCAGAUAUAACAGAUCGGCCGCCUCAUUCUUUGCACUCCAUGCCAGCUGAUGGUCAGCUAGAUGGCACGUAUCCACCACCCGUCCAUGAUGACAAUGUGUCUAUGGCUUCUUCUGGGGCCACCCAAGCUGAACUCAUGACCCUAACCAUUGUGAAAGGUGCCCAGGGCUUUGGCUUCACCAUUGCCGACAGUCCCACAGGACAGCGGGUGAAACAAAUACUUGACAUUCAGGGAUGCCCUGGCCUGUGUGAAGGUGACCUCAUUGUUGAGAUCAACCAGCAGAAUGUACAGAACCUGAGCCAUACAGAAGUAGUGGAUAUACUUAAGGACUGUCCCAUUGGAAGUGAGACUUCUUUGAUUAUCCAUCGAGGAGGUUUCUUUUCUCCAUGGAAAACUCCAAAGCCUAUAACAGACCGAUGGGAGAAUCAAGGCAGUCCUCAAACGAGCUUAUCUGCUCCGGCCAUACCGCAGAACCUGCCCUUCCCACCCGCACUUCACAGGAGUUCCUUUCCUGACUCAACAGAGGCCUUUGACCCACGGAAGCCUGACCCAUAUGAGCUCUACGAGAAAUCUAGAGCCAUUUAUGAAAGUAGGCAACAAGUGCCACCCAGGACCAGUUUUCGAAUGGAUUCCUCUGGUCCAGAUUAUAAGGAAUUGGAUGUUCACCUUCGGAGGAUGGAGUCUGGAUUUGGCUUCAGAAUCCUUGGGGGAGAUGAACCCGGACAGCCUAUUUUGAUUGGAGCCGUCAUUGCCAUGGGCUCAGCAGACAGAGACGGCCGCCUACACCCGGGAGACGAGCUCGUCUAUGUCGAUGGGAUCCCAGUGGCUGGCAAGACCCACCGCUAUGUCAUUGACCUUAUGCACCAUGCAGCCCGCAACGGGCAGGUUAACCUCACUGUGAGAAGAAAGGUGCUAUGUGGAGGGGAGCCCUGCCCAGAGAACGGGAGGAGUCCAGGCUCUGUGUCAACCCACCACAGCUCUCCACGCAGUGACUACGCAACCUACACCAACAGCAACCACGCAGCCCCCAGCAGCAACGCCUCUCCUCCUGAAGGCUUUGCCUCCCACAGCCUGCAGACCAGUGAUGUGAUCAUUCACCGCAAAGAGAACGAAGGCUUUGGUUUUGUCAUCAUCAGCUCCCUGAACAGGCCUGAGUCUGGAUCCACUAUAACUGUGCCCCAUAAAAUAGGACGCAUCAUUGAGGGGAGUCCUGCAGAUCGCUGUGCAAAACUAAAAGUGGGAGACCGGAUCUUAGCAGUGAAUGGCCAGUCCAUCAUCAACAUGCCUCACGCCGACAUCGUGAAGCUCAUCAAGGACGCAGGUCUUAGUGUCACCCUUCGCAUCAUUCCUCAGGAGGAGCUCAACAGCCCAGCAUCGGCACCCAGCUCAGAGAAGCAGAGCCCCAUGGCGCAGCAGCAGAGCCCCAUGGCCCAGCAGAGUCCUCUGGCCCAGCCCAGCCCAGCCACCCCCAACAGCCCUGUCGCCCAACCAGCUCCUCCUCAACCACUUCAGCUGCAAGGACAUGAAAAUAGUUACAGGUCGGAAGUAAAAGCAAGACAAGAUGUGAAACCAGACAUCCGACAGCCUCCGUUCACGGACUACAGGCAACCCCCACUGGACUACAGGCAGCCCCCAGGAGGGGAUUACCAGCAGCCCCCACCCUUGGACUACAGGCAGCCUCCCCUGCUGGACUACAGGCAGCACUCCCCCGACACCAGGCAGUACCCGCUGUCAGACUACAGGCAGCCCCAGGACUUCGAUUAUUUCACUGUGGACAUGGAGAAAGGAGCCAAAGGAUUUGGAUUCAGCAUCCGCGGAGGAAGGGAAUACAAAAUGGAUUUGUACGUGUUGAGAUUGGCAGAAGAUGGGCCAGCAAUAAGGAAUGGAAGGAUGAGGGUAGGAGAUCAAAUCAUUGAAAUCAAUGGGGAAAGCACAAGGGACAUGACACACGCCAGAGCAAUAGAACUCAUCAAAUCUGGAGGAAGAAGAGUGAGGCUGCUGCUGAAGCGGGGCACAGGACAGGUCCCAGAGUAUGACGAACCCGCCUCCUGGAGCUCUCCCGCUGCCGCCGCCCCAGGUCUGCCGGAAGUAGGCGUCUCCCUCGAGGACGUCCUCUCUCCAUUCUCUCCAUCACAUCCAGCCCCACCCUCCGACCCUUCCCACCAGAUAAGCCCAGACCCAGCUUGGGAUAUCAAAAGGGAACACGACGUUAGGAAACCAAAGGAGCUUUCAGCCUGCGGCCAGAAGAAGCAGCGCCUCGGGGAGCAGAGGGAGCGCUCGGCGAGUCCGCAGAGGGCCGCGCGGCCGAGGCUCGAGGAGGCGCCCGGCUGCCAGGGGCGGCCCGAGGCCGGCAGGCCCGCCUCGGAGGCCAGGGCGCCCGGGCCCGCGGCGGCGGACGCGGCGGGGCCCCGGCCGGGCCCGCGGCCCCCAGGGGGCGCCCCCGCGCGCAAGGCCGCCGUGGCGCCGGGGCCCUGGAAGGUGCCGGGCUCCGACAAGCUGCCGGGCGUGCUCAAACCCGGCGCCUCGGCCGCGGGCAGAUGA